AUGAUUGAUUUCCAACUGUCGCCGGAGCAAUUCGCACUCCGAAAUGCGGUCAGGGGUUGGGCGAAGGCUCACCUCACAACAGCACGCUCAGUAUAUGAGGCUCAAAGCACCUCGUCCGAACAAUGGCAGCAACGCUUCCGCUCGACUCAGCCGAUUUAUGCCGAAGCAGUCAAGGCAGGUCUCAUCAAGGCUCAAAUUCCGAAGGAGCUUGGAGGCGGCGGAGGUCCAUUGAUCGAGGCAGCUUUGGUAGUCGAGGAGUUUUAUGCUGUCGAGACCAGCGCAGCAUUGACGAUCCUUGGGACAGGCCUUGGUUUGACACCCUUGGUUAUGGCGGGAAGCGCAGCUCAGCACGAGAAGUUCUUCAAACCUUUUCUGGAAGGGACCGGGACGCCCAUGGCCAGUUUGGUCUUUUCUGAACCUGAGGGAAGCGCCAACUUUGACGAGGCAGGGGCCCCAGGAUUCCAGACCAUUGCACGUGAGGAUGGGGAAGAAUAUGUAAUCAGUGGUGAAAAGAUUUGGGCGACAAACUGCUCCGGAUGGGAUGAUCGGGGUGCUGACGUUCAGUGCGUCUUAUGCCGUAUUGUUGGAUCUGCUCCAGCCGAGGACGUCCGUGGCCAAACGGCGAUUAUUGUUGUGACCAGGCAAGACAUCGCGGCGAACGAUCCAAGUGCCUAUCAGGUGCUUUACCAUCCUCGAACCAUCGGACACACGGCGGUUAACGGGCCGCACAUUCGAUUCAAGGACUUGCGCGUGCCAAAAUCAAAUCUGCUCGCACCUCCAGGCAAAGGCGCCGAUGUGGUGGAAAUGACCUUCACGGCUUCAGCAGCUCUUGUGGGUGCUAUGGGGGUGGGCAUUAUGCGGCAGACCUUUGACCGUGCCUUGGCUUGGGCCAAAACCGAAAAGCGAGGUUCGACGGAGACGAUGAUCCAGAAGCAAAGCGUUGCGGAUUUGUUGAUCAAGAUCAAGACUCGAUGUGAGGCCACGCGAGCACUGGUCUGGAAGGCUGCGCAUUGCUUCGGCCGAACCCGAUACGGAGCCGAGCUGUGCUACGAAGCCAAGAUCAUGGGAUCGGAAAGCGCCGUAGAGUCCGUCAUGGAUGCAAUCAACCUGAUCGGCGUUUCUGCAUACUCGGCCAAGCAACCCUUCGGGGAUCUGCUGAACGAUGCGGUGGUGUUGCCGAUUUUCGACGGCGGUAAUGUCGGGGUUCGAAGGAGACAAAUCGAGAGGAUCUUUGCCAGCGAGGGAUAUGAACCGUGGGAGACGACAUUCGGAUCGGACCAGUAA